AUGCCACAGCAGUACGGGCAGCAGCAGCAGCAACAAGCUGAUGGCUACGGUGGACCCCCUCCGUCGCCUGUGGUGGCAGGCAGCUGGGGAGAGAGGACGGGCUACGUAGAGGAAGGGUACAUGAGACAGGACCCGAACAUCGUCGCGGGGGCGGGAACCCCGAUCGCAUCGACAACCUCUGGGAACGGUGAAGGAACGUUCAUGGUGUCCACGGGCGGCGCGAACGCUAUGGGAGCACCGAUGCAGUCGUUCUACCCGCCGUCCUUGUACGGCGUGCCUACUUCAGUCUACCCUUACCAGCAGCCGGGAGCGUUCCCUGGGCCUUACGGUGGCGGGGCGGGCGGCGGCGCGGGAGGCACUGCGGGAGGCGCUGGUUCAACGGCUGGAGGAAACUUUUACGCCGGCCAGGGCGGUUACGCUAGGAGCACUAACCCGGGCCAGCCCAUCCAAACCACGACGAACCUCCAAGGGCCGGACGGGUGCAACCUGUUUGUCUUUCACAUCCCCAACACCAUGACCAACGAGGCCCUGUUCCGUCUCUUCUCCAAGUUCGGGAACGUCAUCAGCGCUCGCAUCAUGGUCGAGAAGGCUACGGGCCGCAGCAGGGGCUUCGGGUUUGUGAGCUACGAUAACAGAGACUCGGCGGAGAAGGCUAUAUCUCAGAUGAACGGGUACCAGAUCGAACACAAGCGCCUCAAGGUCCAGCACAAGAAGGACAAGGAGAGGGAGAGGUACGUGACGGCCCCGUCUCCUAGGAUGAUGGGGCCUGGCGUCGCCGCUGGGAGGAUGCAGCAGACCACCCACUUCCGCCAGCCGCUCCUGCCCGGGCACAACGCGGGCCUUCGGCACCACCAAGGCGGAGACGACAAGCUGCCGCCCCCAUCCCCGGCGGCGGACACGGGAGGCGCAGGCGUCGCGCCGGGCUUCACCGUCUCCGGCGGCGGCGGCGGAGGCGGUGGCGGCGGCGGCGAGGAGGACCACCACCAAGGCGACGCCUCCGCCACAGAGGUGGGAAUCGACUCCGGCCCGCGGGGGGCUAGCACGGGUGGCGGGGACAAGUAUGGCGCGCGCUCGAACGACCACCCGCACCUGGCGUAUAUUUACCGGGGGCGGGGAACCGCGGAUGAGACCGGUGGGUACCCCUCGGCCGGCGGCGGCGUCGACGGCAAGGCGGCCGGGGACGAGAAGCCUCAAGACCAGGACUCGGGAUACCACGGGCGCGACGACUCGGCGUACAUGGCGGCCCCGGCGUCCAGCGUGGGAGGCAGCGCCGCCAGUCCGGACCCCAAGGGAGUGUCGAGGGCCAGGUCUUCAAGCCCUAGCGCGGCGGCGAACGCUGCUCUGCCGCACCAGUCUCUGGAACACGCUAUGCAGACCAAGCUCACGAUGGAUCGGAGACUGCUACUCUGGAUGGAGCAUUGA